AUGAGUCAAUUUGAGGAGAAUAUCUAUCCACGGUGGGGAUCAUUAGCCAUUGAGCAGUACCUGCUUAAAAAAUGGGACUCAACUUCAACCCUAUCCGUAUGUCAACAGCGAGAUCGGUUGAUUCAAGCCUUUCUCCACGAGGAUGACGUCUCAGGUUUUGUAUCUUCAACUCUGGAUGCCACCUCAAAUCACGUACAAGAAUUGAUCCAGACAGCCAUUGCUCCGUGGCGAUCACAACACCUUCGUCGCAUAGCAGAGAAAUACCUGCCUGGUAACGACUUAUACGGCAAGUUGGUUGUCUUGCGUACACACUAUGGUGGAGUCAGUGACGAUGUAAAGUUUCGUCACUGGGUUUACGACGCAGCAACUGCUUUUGCAGAAGAUAAUCCCCUAGGCGAUCUAUUCGGAGAUUCCGAAGAUCACUGGUGGCGCAUCCUUGACGACGCUUCGCUCUUCGAUACUGGUGAUCAGGACUGGGAAAGCAUAUACAACAGAUUUCCGGAACUCGCCUCCUCAGAGGUCUGCCGUACCUUCAGUGAUGGAGAUGUAGCAGAGGUCAAAGAAGAAGUCUCAGCCGUCGUCACUUCACGAGAACCCGAGGAGGACGACUAUGAGGAUGCUAUAGCCCAUGCUGCAGUUUCGGGCUGCUGGUUACUGGUGCUUGAUCGAGAGUCAUUUGAGGACGAAGAAAUGCUUCUCGUGUUUCGAGACAAGAUGGGUAAUGUUGUCAGGCAAUCGUCUAUCAAACCAGAGGAUUUGGAACACAUUCCUCACUACAUCAUGCGUGGAUCCAUCACCGAAUCAGGAUUUUGGCGUGAUGCAGAGAUUGGGAAGGAGUACAAAGGGAAAGGGAAGAUCAUGCGAGAGAUUUUACCCAGGGUUAUGGCCGAAGCUGAGUAGUGUCACGAUCAUUUCAUGUAAUAUGUAGCGGUAGAAAGGUC